CAGUACAAUUGUACAGUUUGGGAAGUGUGCAUCGAAGAGUUCGCGAAAAUUUCACCACUAUUAGAAAUUGGAGAUUUUAAAUUCUUAUAGCUGCAAUUUCACUUAACAGAUACUCAAUAUGUGGGCUAUUCUGUUGCUAAUUCUAUGCCUGGGAUUGCUGCACAGAUAUGUGCGGCGCCACUAUUCCUACUGGCAGAGAAGGGGAGUGGACGAGGAGCCGGCGAGAAUCCCCUUUGGAGUAAUGGAUACUGUAAUGAAACAGGAGCGGAGUUUGGGCAUGGCAUUGGCUGAUAUAUACGCCCGGCACGAAGGCGUAAUCGUUGGGAUAUACAUGAUAAAUAAGAGGAGUAUCCUCAUCCGAGAUGCCCAAUUGGCUCGCCAAAUCAUGACCAGUGAUUUCGGGAGCUUUCACGAUCGUGGGGUCUACGUGGAUGAGGAAAGGGAUCCGUUAUCCGCCAAUCUCUUCAACCUGCGAGGAGCCUCAUGGCGGAAUCUGCGUCACAAGCUCACACCAUCGUUCUCCUCCGGAAAAAUAAAGGGCAUGUUUGGCACAAUCGACGAUGUGGGCAAUAAACUAGUGCAGCAUCUUGCAGUGGUUCUGGACCAGACCGACGAAGUGGAGAUAAAAGAUGUGAUGACCACGUAUGCGGUUGACAUUAUUGGAUCGGUGAUCUUCGGCUUGGAGAUCGACAGCUUCAGUAAUCCGGAAAAUGAGUUUCGCAAAAUAAGCAGCUCAUCCGCAGAAGAUAAGUCUCUACUGCUCAAGAUCCACAAUAUCUCCAUGUUCAUAUGUCCACCGAUUGCCAAGCUGAUGAACCGCUUGGGUUACGAGAGCAGGAUUCUAACAUCCCUACGAGACAUGAUGAAGCGUACCAUAGAGUUCCGUGAGCUCCAUAACGUGGUCCGCAAGGACAUGCUGCAGCUGCUGAUCCGACUACGAAAUACGGGAAAGAUCGGCGAGGACGACGACAAAGUGUGGGACAUGGAAACUGCACAGGAACAGCUCAAGUCAAUGUCCAUCGAAAAGAUUGCGGCCCAGGCAUUUCUCUUCUACGUGGCUGGAUCGGAAUCCACUGCUGCCGCUUCCGCUUUCACUCUCUACGAACUGUCCAUGUAUCCGGACCUUCUAAAGGAAGCCCGCGAGGAGGUGGAUGCAGUGCUUCGGAAGCACAACCUCAAGCCCAGGGAUAAGUUCACAUACGAAGCGGUGCAAGAUCUUAAGUUCCUGGACCUAUGCAUCAUGGAAACCAUUCGAAAGUAUCCCGGUCUACCCUUCCUGAAUCGCGAGUGUACCGAAGAUUAUGUUGUGCCCGGAACAAAUCAAAUUAUACCCAAGGGAACACCCAUCCUGAUCUCGCUCUUUGGCAUCCAUCGGGAUCCUGCAUAUUUCCCCAAUCCCAAUGGCUAUGAUCCGCACCGAUUUGAUGAGGAUAACAUGAAUUACGAUCAAGCAGCUUAUAUGCCAUUUGGAGAGGGUCCCAGGCACUGCAUAGCGCUGCGCAUGGGAAAAAUAAACUCCAAGGUGGGGGUGGCCAAGGUUUUGGCCAAUUUCGAUCUGGUACAGGCUCCUCGCAAGGAGGUUGAGUUCCGAUUCGAUGCUGCCCCUGUUUUAGUGACCAAGGACGGCUUGAAACUUCGUUUGACCAAGAGAAAGUAAUAUAACCAAUAUGGGUACUAAUAACUCUAGAUUUAUAGUACCUACAUAUAUACAACUUUUUUACUAACUAAAAUGUUGAUUCUUAAUAUCCCAUGUAUAUUUUAGUUAAACCCUGAAAUUAAACAUUCACUAAAACGAAUACUGAUCAAAAAUAAAUUUGAAUAUCCUUA